CAGUGGGGUGUCCUAAGCAGUUUUUGUGUGGGGAUUGAACACAGACGAGUGUGACAAACAAAGCUUUUAAAAAAAUCAGCAGAUGAUUGAAAGGAGAAGAGAAAAUCCUGGAUGUGAAUGGAGGCAGCUGCAAUUUGGACAGUAGAGGCUACCAAAAGACUGGCCUGACCUGACCGGCAUCCUUCUGCAUACACUGUUACUGACGGGUCACCUUUGCCUCUGCAUUGAUUCUGCUUCCUAAGCCAUGCACCCCCAGCGUCCUCUUCCCCAGGCCAUGCCUUCGUCCUCCUUAGGGCAGCACCUGCGGGACAUGACCAUGGGUCUCGGACGGGGCAAGAACUUUCUGGGAGGGAAUUUUUCCUAUGGUUUCAUCCAGUCGGUUAAGGAGUGUCUUUAUUUCCUCCUCUGCUGCUGGUGUAUAAAGGAGAUCCUUGACUGAAGAACCGAAAGAAAGUACAAGCUGCAAACAUUUGACGUAUUGAACAUUUGCUCUGUAGAAUGCAGUUUUAGUCUGCAUUUCUUUGGAGCAUAUGAAGAACGUUCUUGGAAAAGCUGUGUGUCCACAGGAUGUCCAUUUUGAGGUUUGAGGAAUCAUUCUUCAAUGCUAUUUGACUGGGAUCAACAUUUUAGAGCAUCGCUCUGAAGAUCCUGGAGUUUUUGGACUGAUCUAACCUGCUCUUCCUUGAUGUGCCAAUAAAUAAACAAAAUAUUUCUACCUUCA